GUCGGGGUUUGUUGAAGAGUAAGGACUGGAGGCUAGAGACGAUGGUAGGAUAAGCGUCUGUAAGAUGAUUUGUGCAGGAUGAAGAAGAGGGGGAGGACGAGUGCGGUGGGGGAUUCCGCGGAGAGAGGGCUGAAAAGAGGCCUCACAUAUGGUCUCUUUUGGUCGAGGUAACUACAGCACAUUCUGUUCUGGAGGACCUACUACAAAUGUCUCGGAACUCCCUACUAGACAUCUACCCAUCUCUUGUCAUACCAUCUCACCAUCCAACCCUAGUCCAGAGAGCAAGACUAUCCUCUCAUUUCUUCCCCCUUCACCCACUCCCCAUCCUCCCACCAUCCAACCCUCCAAGAAAGAAAGAAAAGAAAAGAAAGAAAAAAAAUGACCCCCCACAUCCUCUCCCUCCCCGCCGAACUCCUCAGCCAAAUUCUCACCUCCCUCCCCCUCUCCUCCCUCCUCCACUUCUCAGAAACCUGCCAUCCAGCCCGCACCCUCGCAAACGCAAACCUGCAAUCCCUCUCCUUAGGCAUCUCCCCCCUCCCCUCCCCUUACACUUCCUUCCCCCCCUCAAAACCACCCCUUUCCCCUUCGCAAACACAUACCUCCCAACCCACCACCCGCCCCCACGACCGCUGGCUCCGCAUCCCAAACAUAACAACCUACGACUACACCACCCUCUCCAACUUCCAAUCCGCACUCCUAACCAGCAUCCUAACCCGGCACCACCCCCUCCUCUCACACGUCGAUCUCACCAUCUGGACCAUGAGCGUGCGCAUGGCACACGCGCUCCGCAACUUAUCCGCGCUCCAGCGCCUCGAGCUCAGAUUCGACGCCGGAAACCCCGGGCGCGCCGUGUUGCGCGCGCAGAUUGGCCUCGAGCGCGAGGAGCAGCGCCGCGCGUGGGAUGUACUCGCGCGGAGUACGCCGAGCUGGAGUCGACGGCUGCUGGGGUUGAGGGUCGAGGGCGCGGUGGUGAGUACGAAGCAGAUUGCUGUGUUGCUGGGGGAGAGUCGGGGGUGUGAAGAGGUGGUGCUGGAGCGGUGUAGUGGGGUUGGCGGGGAUGUUUGGGCUUUUUGGGGGGGUUGGUGUGGGAGGGAGAGGGUUAGGAGGGUGGAGUUGAGGGAGUGUGGGGGGGUUAUUAGGGAGGAGGUUUUGGGGAUUAUUGGGGGGAUGAGGGCGCUGGAGUGUCUUAAUCUUUAUGAUUGCGAGGAGGAACUUGCACCGGGGACGAUGGAGAAAUGGAAUGCGGAGGUUUGGCGGAUACCGCAUUUUGUGGCACCCAGGCCGAGUGCGUUUGGAGUAGAUAUGGUGAUUGAGGUUGAUCCGGAGUAUGUGUCUUAGCCAAGAGCUGUUAAUGCAAGGGUGGGUAUUUACAUGGCAA